GCCGCCACCGUUAAUGGAUGAGGCCACCAGCAAAAUAAUGCCGUCUUCCGCCGGGAAAGCCAAGGGUCGGAAUGGGGUUGUUGAGAAGAAAGAAUACCCUGACCCACUUACCUCUCAUGAAGAAGUUGUUAAGGAUCCUAUUGUUUUCUGGGAUACUCUUAGGCGGUUUCAUUUCAUAAUGGGCACCAAGUUUAUGAUUCCUGUGAUUGGAGGAAAGGAGUUAGAUUUACACGUUCUGUAUGUAGAGGCUACCAAAAGGGGUGGUUACGAGAAGGUUGUUGCAGAUAAGAAAUGGAGGGAAGUGGGUAGUGUUUUCAGGUUCUCUCCGACGACGACAAGUGCAUCUUUUGUUCUUAGGAAACACUAUUUCAGUCUUCUCUUCCAUUACGAGCAGGUUCAUUUCUUCAAGAUGAAGGGUCCUCUAACUACUCCAGCAGUUGCAUCUCCAGUUAACGAACCUUCAUGCAGACCUGAACUAGCGCUCGUGGAAUAUUCCCCUAAACCCAUAAAAGAAUUCCCAGAUCCACUUGUUGAAGGGACCUCAUGUUUCUCAGUUACGGGAACGAUUGAAGGGAAGUUCGAUUGUGGUUAUCUGAUAUCUGUGAGGUUGGGUUCUGAGGUUCUUAGCGGAGUGCUUUACCAUCCGGAACAACAGCCCGUUUCUGAAUAUAGCAAUGCCAUUGUCCCAUACAAACACAUUCGUGGUGGCCGUCAUUCCAGGAGGAGGAGGAGAAGCCGAAGGGCAGAAGACCCCAGCUAUCCAAAACCCAACAGGAGUGGUUAUAACUUUUUCUUUGCAGAAAAGCAUUAUAAGCUCAAAUCACUGUAUCCAAACAGGGAGAGGGAGUUCACAAAAAUGAUUGGGGAGUCUUGGAGCAGUCUUGGCCCAGAAGAGAGGAUGGUGUACCAGAACAUUGGAUUGAAAGACAAGGAAAGAUACCGGAGAGAAUUGAAAGAGUACAAAGACCGACUGAAGCAGAGGCAGGGUGUGGAAACUGAGAAACCCAAUUACUAGAGGUUUAGCCAGAGAAGCUAGCACAGAUAUCUUGUG